AUGUCUGCCAACGAGGAGAACAAAUGGCGCCGUCGUCAAUCCACCCAGAAUAAUAGCGCCUCGCCAUCUCCCACUCCCUCCCAGAACUACAACCAGCCUCGUCGCUCCGACUCACGAUCUUCUUCUUACCAGUCCCAGAAUAAUCGAAACUUCUCUAAUAAUAACGCUAAUAAUUCACCUGGUUUCUCGGGCGGUAUGGUUGACGAACAUGCACCCGUGAACGGGUUCAAUGCGAAGGAGCUAAGGGAUCUCCUUGCCAAAGGAUACACGGACGCAGUUGCUGGUUCUCAAGCUGCUGGAGACGACAAGCCUGUUCUAUAUAAGAAUAACGAUAAGGGGUGGACUACCCAGAGCAAGUCUUCGCCGUGGGGCCAGAAUAAGCAUACCAUGGCCAACGGUGUCGACUUUCUGACCCGCCUUAGAAAGGGGGUCACUGCGCUAUCUGCAAAUGGCGGGGCCAAGGAUGGGAAGUUUGGGGGCUAA